GGCCGUCCCUGGCUCAGUUUCUAAACGGGGGGAAGAAAUUCCCCCUGCCUCUGCCCCACCCCCGCCCCAUUAAUUCCUCACGGGACGGGUUCCACGGUCACCCACCCCAUUGCCAUCCUUACUCGAACCCACCAUUAAGGGAUUUUGAGUCUUACCAGUUAAAUCAAUUUUCCAAAUGUCAGGAUUUGAGCUCUGAGCGUGAUAAUAAAAAAGAUUUUAAAAGUCCUUCCCCAUUCCCAAUGAUUUCCUUUUAACUUAUCUGUAUAGGUUCCUUUUUUGUUUCGGAUGGGUGGUGAUGGGGUGAAAUGUUGCUCCUAAUCUUUAAAAAUCUUUAAAUACUACGUUGGACAUUGGGGUUAGUACCAAGCAAACACCUGUCGUCCCCAUUGUUUGAUCUAAAUUUUAAAGCUUAUCAGUCAUGGCUGAAGAGGAUAGCAAGCAAAAUGCAAUCUCCAACGACCAACCUCAGCAGCCAUUACCAACCUUACCAGGAUACCGGUAUGGUGGUGGUGGAUCAGGUGAGAGAAAAACAUGGCCGGAGUUGGUGGGAUUAACAAGUGAAGAAGCAGAAAGAAGGAUCAAGGAAGAGAUACCUGGAGUUAACGUUCAUGUGAUUCCUCCUGAUUAUUUCGUUACAAUGGAUUUCAGAACAGACCGGGUGCGAAUCUUCACUGACUCCUCAGGAAAAGUCUCACGGGCACCUAUGAUCGGUUGAUUUUGGGGAAGAUUCGUCUCUGCCAGGAAUGAUACAUAUCUUACUAGUAUCGACUACUGUUUCUUGCUUUUUCUACAACUUGGUCAGCGUUAUAUCCAAGAAACUAGAAGGAAGUAGGAACUCGUGUCUGGCAGGAUUGAAUCCCUGAUUCCCUUGUGUUGUUCUCCUCAUCCUUGUUAUUUAAAGUAUUGGCUUGACCAAAUAAUUAUGCAGUUCAGGCUGGAAUUCUUGUUCUGGAUCGAAUUUUAUGUAAAGAAACAAACACGCAAGUGUUUUUGUAUUUCCUUUGUGAAAGACCAAUCUUGCAUCCA